AUGGCAGCAACUCAAGUUCGCACCGUACCCCCCGUCAUCGAAGUGCAGCAGUCGCUCAGAGCCAACGACACCCCUGCCCCCAAGCCAUCACCACCCACCAUGUCCACCGACACCGAACAAGAUACUCAAUCGCAAGCGGGCGAAAAAAAGCAGCCGUCCACGCAAGACGGAAACGAGACCGAGCCACAGCAACACGAGCAUGACCAUAACAACGACGACGACACGGCCGCAGCCCUCCUCAUCCAACGCAACUACCGUGGCUACCGCACGCGAAGGCAGCUCGACGGCUGCAACAUUUCGGCAGAUACUCGCUGGUCAGAUGCUGUCCACCGCAUGCGGCUGGAACAAGCGAACAAACACUCCAACACCGGUCGCAACGAUGCCAGCUCCAGAUGGAAGCGAGGCAAGCUGCUAGCCGGCCAGCUCUCUGGCGCUGAAAAGAUGGAUGCAACACCGGAGAACGAGGAUGGCAACGGGCGUGCUGAUGCGCCUGUCGAGGGCGGCCCAUCGCUCGAGCCAGCCAAGAAGCAAGACGACGAACACUCCAUGGUUGAAGCAGACACCAAAGUCGGCGACGUCCCCGGCGCUCAAGAUGGCGGUAAAGUCGACAACAUCCGAAGCAUUGCCCAGGACAAGCAAAAGGGUCUCAAACUCAUCGAGUGGUGGACGCGCGGCGGCAAGGCCCAAGAACUCAGCAAGAUGAUGGAAGAGCAGUACUGGCUCGAGAUGGUCGAUCGCAAACACCGCUACGGCUCCAACCUCAAGUACUACCAUCAAGCCUGGCAAGAGGCCGAUACCCGCGACAACUUUUUCCGCUGGCUCGACGAGGGAGAUGGCAAGAACGUCAGCAUCGACGACUGCCCCCGCGAACGCCUCGAUUCCGAGUGCGUCAUCUACCUCAGUUCCGAGCAACGACGCAACUACAUUGUCGACAUUCAAGAUGGCAAGCUCAUCUGGCGCAGGAAUGGUAAGCCCAUCGACACCAAGCGCAACAAGCACAAGGACCUCGGCAAAGGCAGAGGCAUCGCUGACAUUGGCGAAGAGGAGGAACAAGAGCUUCGCAAGGAUCGUGAGCGUCGGGCUCUGCAGCGUGGCGUGUCGGAGAGCUCGCUGGAUUCGUACCUCGACGGCACCUCGUCUUCCUCCUCGUCCUCGUCCAGCGAAGGCGAGGAAAUGUCCAAAGAAGAAAAGGCGGAAGAAGCGCAACACUAUCAGUCCAAGCGGAGCGGCAAGUCGCGUCAUCUUGAUGCCUUCAACUCUUCCAACUGGUCCGACAUGCUCCUUAGAAAGACCAUCGGAAACAACACGUGGAUCUACGUUUUCAACUCUCGCCAUGAGCUCUACAUCGGGUUGAAGCAGACCGGCUACUUUCAGCACUCCUCCUUCCUCUACGGCGGCCGCGUUCUCUCGGCUGGUCUGCUCAAAGUCGACAAUGGCACGCUGACCAGUCUCAGCCCGCUUUCUGGACACUACCGUGCCGGUACCGCCCACUUCCGGUACUUUGUCAAAAAGCUUCAGGACUCUGGAGUGGACCUCGAACGCGUCACGCUCUCCAAGAGUCUAUUGAUGCUCGCUGGUAUGGAGAAGUACGGCAAGGUCAUGAGCAAGGCAAAGUCAUCCAAGAAGCAGGAUAAGAAGAAAAACGACAAGAAACGCACGCAGGGCAAAGGUGAGGAUGAAGGAGAGGGGGUGAAGAAGGAAUCGCUCGCUAGCAGGCUCAAGCAGAAGUUGAGCUUGGGCUCCAAAAAGGAGGCCAAGGACGACACUGAUGCGGGCGAGGAUGCCGAUACCGAAGAGAAGCCGAGCGGCCUGGCGCGGCUCAAGGAGAAGCUCAAGGCUUAG